GUUUUCUUGUAUAUGUGUGAGUGUAUAUGUGUGUGUGUGUAUUUGUAGUAAGCUGUUUUGCUCCGCGAUAUUUUGUCAAUUUUCAACUGUUUCCCAUCUGCUAGAAAGCAGAAAAGUUUUUUAAAAAUGUUAGGUAUUAGUGAAGUGCGGUGAUUAUAGACGAAAAUUGUGUGUGAAAAGAAGAUUAAUAGGUGUUUUAUAAAGAAAAGGUCACAUCUGCAAAAGUGUCGGACGCGUUGUAGAUUGCCUUUGGGUUUAAAUUGGGACCUUACGUCCGUCCGCUGUCAAGAAUCACGGAAUCAGACAGCAGACAAUCAUGUCAACUAGUACUAUACCAGGAGUUCCUUCAACCAUGGCUUCUGCAGUUAAUGCCACGACGGCAACAUUGAUAAAUGCGAUGAAUGUUAUGGUGGCAAAAAGCGAUAAUAUCGAACCCACUCCUAUAUUUCUACAAACAAAAGCAGCCCAGGGCAUCGCUGGAGCAUUCGUAGCAUUAGCACUUUUCCUAACAUGUCAACAAAUUUAUCAGCACCUGAGGUGGUACACAAAUCCAACGGAACAACGUUGGAUAGUGAGAAUUUUAUUCAUUGUACCAAUUUAUGGGACAUAUUCGUGGAUUUCAUUGAUGUUCUUUAAUAGCGAGAGUUAUUAUGUUUAUUUCUUCACAGUAAGAGAUUGCUAUGAGGCAUUUGUCAUUUAUAAUUUCUUGACAUUGUGCUACGAAUAUCUUGGCGGUGAAGGUAACAUUAUGUCUGAGAUACGUGGCAAACCAAUACGAUCGAAUUGCCUUUAUGGAACAUGUUUUUUAGUUGGAAAAACAUAUACAAUUGGUUUUUUGAGAUUUUGCAAACAAGCGACAUUACAAUUUUGUUUGGUUAAACCAGUUAUGGCGUUUGUCAUAAUAUUUCUCCAGGCAUUUGGACAUUAUCGCGAUGGUGAUUGGUCACCUGACGGUGGUUACAUUUAUAUUACAAUCAUCUACAAUAUCAGCGUUUCACUUGCCUUAUAUGGACUAUUUCUCUUUUAUUUUGCAACAAGAGAUUUACUCACUCCAUUUGAUCCGGUUCUUAAAUUUUGCACUGUCAAGAGUGUCAUCUUCUUGUCCUUCUGGCAAGGUGUGCUGUUGGCUAUUUUUGAAAAGGCUCAGGUUAUUUCGCCUGUUAUUAACAGUUUAGAACAAUCGACAAGUGCUGGUACUGUGUCAGCUGGCUAUCAAAAUUUUUUGAUUUGCAUUGAGAUGCUCUUCGCCGCAAUUGCCCUACGGUAUGCUUUUCCAUAUCAAGUUUAUGCAGCUGGUUGCGUCACUGACUCGAGGGGACGAAGUGUCACAAUGCAAAGUAUUAGCAGCAGCCUAAAGGAGACGAUGAAUCCAAAAGAUAUUAUGACUGAUGCCAUCCAUAAUUUUCAUCCGCAGUAUCAACAAUAUACUCAAUACAGUUCUGGAGGUACGAAAGGUCAACGAGGUAUGCGAGUUUCCAGCUAUGAUCCAGAUGAUCCACAGAAUAUGCCAGUUCCACCACCUCAAAGACGCAAUACAUCGCAUCAACGUGUCGCAACUAUUUCACAAAAUUAUAAUGAAAAAACAAUGUUACUCAGCAGUGAUGAGGAAUUUCAGUAAAAAAAAAAAAAGAAAAAAAAAUUAAAAUAACUAAAUAAAAGAAACAUUUUAAUUGUCAAAUUCGAAGACAUUGUCUUCUCACUGUGCGCGCAGUCUGAAUGAUUUUUAUCUUAUACAACUAAAAAAGCAAAUAAACCUCAAAUUAUACUCAAAACUCGGGUUAUAACUAAAGAAACAAAAAAAAAAUCAUCUUCUAAUUGCAAAAGUAAAAAUUUUACAAGAGAAAUUUUUUUUUUUUGAAAAUAUUUUAGAAAUUUAAACACGUAUUUAUAAAUCCACUAAAUACUUGUUAAAAAAUUAUUUGUCAAUUUUUUAAUUAUUUUUUCUAAAUUAAAUUUUCGAACAAAAUUUUCUAUCUGUAAAAUUAAUAAUUUUGCAAUUGAACAGCAGAAGCUUUCGAAAUACUAUUUGUAAACUCACAUUUAUCUCAUGUACAUACAUCGAUUGUUAUUUUUGAAUUUUUUUUUUUCUCAAUUGCAAUAUUUGUCAUAAUGAAAAAAUAAUAUAUUAUAUAUAUAUAAAAAAAAAAGAAAAUUUAAAAAACAAAACUGAAACAGAUUCGAAUCAUGAAUCGUAUUAUAAUCCAUAAUGUUAUAUUCAUGUUAAAAAAAAAAUCGUUAAAUAACGCAACGUGAAAUAGUAUAGAAAAUAUUUAUUUUAAUACGCUCAUACGUUCGAAGCAGUGUUAAUCGUUCUGGGUGUGGUGCCACAAGAUUAUAGUUUUAACACGUCGGCUGCCUCGUAUUUAUAAUAUUGUUAUGCCUAAAAUUUUCUUAAAUAGGCAACGCUUCUAUAAUGCAGUGCAUUUGGUUUUUUUUUUCCUUUAUUACUUUGCAGCUGCAAUUAAUGUUCAUUUUAUUUUCAUUUUUAAACGAUUCAAAAAAUAAAUGACAAAUUCUAAAUUAAAAAUAAUUUUGCACAAUUUGAAUUCUAAUUUUGAAUUUUUAAUUUAGAAUUAAAAUUUUAAAAUACAUAAAAAAUAUUAUUCUUAAAUUAGAAUAAAUAUUGGUACAAUGUUUUUUUUUUAAAUUCAGAAUGUGCAAAAUUUCAAAUUCAUCGAGAAAAUUUUUUUUUUCUGUAAUUCUAAUGCGAUUCUAUUUUAUAUUUUUUUUUUUUUUAUGAAUGGCAUACAAACUCAUGAACAGUAAAAUUGUUUGCUUUUCUUUUAUUUGGAAAAAUAUUGUCUAGUUUUUGAAAUAACUGACAAAAAACAUUUCACAUUUUAUUGUUAAAUCUGUCCAUAUUUGCUAUGAAUGAUAAUAUAUAGACUUAAUAUGUUCGUAUAUUAAGAAAUUAAAAUGAAAAAUCCCAUUAAGGAAGUUUAAUUGCCACAGUUGAUGCGAAAAAUUGAAAAAAGAAAAUUAAUUUUAUUUCAUUGCAAAAAAAAAUCUCGUUCGUUGAAAUUUCGAAAAAAAAAAUUCAAGAAAAUAAAAUUUUCUGUAAAUAUUAACAAAAUAACAAAUAUUGAAAUAAAGUAAAUUUUAAUAAAAAAUAAAUAAACGUAAAAUUUUUGAUGUUUAAUAAAAAGGAAAAUUAUAUUUUCUUUCCCAUUAAAAGUAGAAAUUAAAAAACAAAUAAUAAAAGAAAAAAAUUUUUCUUGAAAUUUUUUCAAUUUUCAACAUUUUUUUUUUUUUUGUUGUAUCUUAUUGUUGCAGGUAAACUACCUUAAGAUAAUAGCAAUUAAAAGAAUUUUCAAAAAAUUUUCAUUUUAUAAGCAUUAACUCGAAUAAAGCAUAAUGAUCACUUUUUACACAAAUAAUACUCAUAUUUGAAGGAAGAAAAAAAAAACCUUUUUUUUUUUAUUAUCGAAGCGUGGUUUUUUCAUGUCAUAAUAACAACUUCCGAAUUACGCUUAGUCGAGGCAUUUAAAUUUUUUGCAAUGUAUUUUGAAAACUAUAUUAUCAAAAGCCUAAUAAUACUUUUAUAAAAGUUUUUCUCUUUACUCUAAUAUUAUAAGGGCUAAAGCAUUUAAAAAAAAAAAAAACGAAUUCUUGGUGUUGCAAAAAAUCUUGAUGUUGACAGCCAAUGUGUUAAUUGUAACAAAAAAAAAAUAUUAUUUUCUGUUCACGACGAAUCACUGACAAUUUUCACGCUUCGGGACUUGGACAUCGUCUCAGUACUUAUUUACUUUUGAAAUAGUGACAAUUUUAUUAUACCGUAGAAUUUAUAAUAAGUUAUUUUUUUAUAUAAAUGUGUUCUAUAUAUGUACAAGUUUAAGAUUAUUAUAUUGUUUUCAUAUGCGUUCAUUACGAAAUUUUUUUUGGUUUCGAAAAAAUUAUUUUUUAUAUUUUGAUCUGAGAGCCUUUUCUGUCAACAAACUUUCUCAUUAUACCAGAAAAAAAAAAUGUGAUUCGAAAGAUGCAGUAAACUACAUUCGCGUCCUAGAUUGAAAAAAUAAAAUAUUAAAUGUAUAUACUAUAUAUAUAUAUAUAUAAAUAUCGUUAUUAUAGAUUGUAUUUAAUAACAAACUAAGAAAAAAUGGAUACUAAAAAUUUUUUUUUUUUGUUUAUAAUAAUUUUGAUCUAUGAAAAACAUGAAUGGAAUUUAAGAGGGAGUGAGUGAUGAACGGAUUAAAAAAAAAUGUAUCAGAUAUAAAUAAACUAUCGAUACCUGAUAAUAUUAA